AUGGUUUAUCUACGGCUGACCGGUAGAGGUCUUCUAACUGCCAUUACCUGCUCUGCAGGAAUGGGCUUUAUUAUCUUCGGGUACGACGAUGGAGUUAUUGGGGGACUCCUGACAGCCAGUGCCUUCAAGGACACCUUCCAUCUCGAUUCGCCAAUGGAAGGCACAGUGACGGCACUAUUUGUGAUCGGUUGUCUGGUCGGUUGUCUUUGCACCGCUGUUAGUGGUGGCCGAUGGGGUCGGUUGACAGUCGCCCAAGUCGGUUCAGGCGUUCUAAGCCUUGGUGCGAUCCUGCAGGCAUCCAGCUACACUAUCGUGCAAUUAAUUGUAGGCCGGAUAGUGGCCGGACUAGGGUUGGGGCUGAUUACUAGCAACCUGCCGGUCUGGCAGUCCGAAACGGCGACAAGAGACAAACGCGGCAUGUUGCUUGCCGUGUCGCUGAGUUUCUUGAUUUUAGGCCAGGUGCUGGCGUACUGGAUUGACUUUGCCAUGUCUGAAUAUGCGAGCAGCGCCUCCUGGCCGCCUCGCUGGCUUUUCCAGAACGGUCGUCACCAGGAAGCGACCGAUAUCCUUCGCCUACUACGAUCUUCUAAUGGCGUCGUGGAUGAGACUGCCUUAGCCAACACAGUGACAGAAAUCCAGGAUGCUCUUGCUAUUGAAAGCGAACAGAAAGGUUGGAUGGAUCUGCUUCGCGACGACCACGUUCGCUCUCGGCGUCGGGUGGGCCUCGCAUGCCUGCUCAAUGCGUGCCAAGCGUGGAGUGGCGCCACACCCAUCAGCUAUUAUACAACUGUCAUUUUUGAGGACUCCGUCGGAUUUUCUCGUCAUUUGUCCCUACUCAUGUCUGGGUUUCUCCAAAUCUGGUUUUUAUUUGCGUCCCUUGGGACGUGGUAUACCAUUGAAAAGCUCGGUCGACGACGCUCGUUCAUGAUAUCGGCCAUUGGGAUGGCGAUAGUGAUGAUGGUCUUAGCAGCGAUGCUAGCGAUUGAUACUCAGAUCUCGGGAAUCGUGGCGGUCGUGAUGAUAUUCGCAUACCAAGCUUUCUACACAUGGGGGUUCAUGGGCGGUCUCUGGAAAGCAGACGAGCUGUGGAAACGGAUCAAACAGGGGCAGGAUGUGACCCUGACCGGAGAUGUUGAAAAGGAAGGUGAUGUGCAAGCAGCCACAGACCACCUCUAG